GGUGUGGAGCAGAGUCAGUGCAAUGAUAUUGAGUCACUCAUUUAUGUCUUUGUGUAUUUGAUACGUGGUAAUCUCCCUUGGGCUCCACUCGAUUCAGGAGAUGCAUACUCCUGCAAUAGUUCAAGUUGUAUUUUGCAGUUGAAAAUCCAAACCUCUCUCAAAACACUCUGUUCUGGACUUUCCUCAGGAUUUGCCACCAUGCUUACUUAUGCUUGUGGUCUUCAAUUCAGCAAGAAGCCAGAUUAUCCCUAUCCUCAUCAACUUUUGUAG